UACUGUUCGAGGUAUUCUCUAACAUUGUAUAGCUUGUAGGAGGUGUGUUGUAUGUACCUGUAACCUGUCACAUUAUUACUGUGUUUUACAGAGUAAUUAUUAACUGAUCAUAAUGGCUGUCUUUGCAGUAACAGGAUGGAUACCAAUGAAAAUUGCAGGGAAAGGCUUCAAAUGGUUUUGGAACAAGAGCAAGCCUCUGGCUAUUACUGUUGUUGUUGUGAUAAGUGCUGUCAAGAUCCAUAGCUAUGUUAAAAAGCAAAAUAGAAGAAAGAAGUGGAAUAAUGCUGGAAAGGAUGUUGUAGUGUUGCACAUGUUUCCUCGUGGACACUUUUGUCCUAAUCUCUCUCCCUUCGUAGUGAAGCUGGAAAUGUAUCUGCGGAUGGCAGAUAUCCCUUACCAGGUGGACUAUGAAGAACCAGUGGGACCAAAGGGUAAAUGCCCAUGGAUUACACUCAAUGGGGAGGAAAUAGGAGAUUCCCAGCUGAUAAUGGAGAAGCUUGGACCAAUGUAUAACAAGGACUUCAGCUCUGCCUUAACACCUGAACAGAAGGCAAUUGCUCAGGGCAUGAGGAUUAUGGUUGACGAACACUUGUUAUGGUGCCUUGUAGUUUGGCGCUACGUUGUAGAUGCUGGUCGCUCAUUGGUGGUGUGCAUGGAGCUGCCCUUUUAUUUUGCCAUCAUGCUCCGUGUAUUCUUGGGGAAGAUAAAGCAAAGUACCUCCGCACAAGGAAUUGGUCGUCACAGCUAUGCUGAGGUGGAGGAAAUGGGGAGGAAAGAUCUUAAUGCACUCUCAGUUUACUUAGGAGAGAAGCGGUACCUGAUGGGUGAUGAACCAACUGAGGUGGACUGUGCUGUCUUUGGAAUGUUAUCACAGAUUGUUUGGAACUCCCCAAACUCACCGUACCUCAAGAUGAUAGAAACUGAAUUCACCAAUCUUCAGGCCUACUGCCAACGUAUCAAGGAAAGGUUCUGGCCUGAUUGGAAUGAGUGCCUUAAACCACCCCUUCCUAGAUCCCAAUAAUGAACUCCAUCACAUAUUGUACCAAUUAUUUGAAUUGCAUUAGAACCUUAGAUUCACUUUUUUUCUGUUUCAGGCUCUAGAUAUUUUGAAAUUUUUGUAUUUUUAAAACCUGUUUUACUUGUAUUUAGCUGCAAAUUUAAAGGUAUUUCACAGCAACACUUGGAGUUUUGUAUUCUUCUUGUACUCAGAGAUAUAACCAGUACUGUAUAUCAAUCGAUUGAGAAACAUUGAGAAAGUGCAUUAGAAUAAGGGCUACCUGACUGGUGCCAGCAUUCAGACACCUCACUUGUCAAGAGAGGCUAGAAUUUUUUCAUUUGUCCCCAUUUUAUAAUACAGAAUGGCAGUUGGAGACUCAGUUUAGAUGAAUAAGCAUCUCUAUGGGUGCGACCCAGUCAAAUGUACAUAUUUAAAAUUAGCUGAUGUUUGCUGUAUUGGAGGUCACAGCCUUAAGCUAAGAAUGCUGCAAGCAUAGGAAACUGUCUGAAGUACAGUAACUUCUUUGGAAGGAUAAUUGUGAACUCAUGGAAAUGCUAUUGGUAAACGAUGUGGCAGCCCCAACCAUGUAAUCUGAUAAUUAUGUCAAGGAUAGAUCAGAAGUUGAACAAUUUCAGGUACAUUCAGUAUCCUGUGCAUACCCCAUGCCUUCUAAUAGUGCCUAAAUAAGAAAGUGUCUUGUCAGCUAUGAAAUUAACAACUGACAAAGUGGAUGAAUCUUAGAAUAUUUAACUUCAUGUAGCCCUUUCGUAUUAGGAAAAGAUUAACAUAUAAGUUAUACUUGCCACACCAAGCUCCAGUUCACCAAGUGCUUUGCACAUGAUUACUAUAUUUUACGGCAUAUAAGACAUCCCCCAUUUUAGCAGGGACUAUUUAGGAAAAAACUUCUGUGUGGAUUUUCCUCCUGUAGCCAUAGUUUUCUUAAAAUAAUAUAAACAGUACCAGUAAAUGUGAGGAAUAAUUAAAAAUAAUACCAAUAAAUAAGUUAAAAAAAAAUACUGUAUUGCCAAACCAGUAAAUAAAAGCCGAUUGAAAGUUUAACACAGUUGCCAUUUGCAUAUACCGGUACUCCCUUGUUCACCAUAGCAACACAGAUGCCACCUCCACCGAUUCCCUAGCAACGCUCCCCCCACAUGUCCUGCCUCCUACCGCUCCCCCACUAAGCCAACUAACUCGUGUGCAAAGAAAUGUAUUCACUUUAUGUUUUUGCCCUUAGGACAAUUAUUUAUUUUUAUUUUUUCCCAAUAUAUACGUAGAAUGGUGCGAAUAUGUAAAUUAGCAAAAAUGCAAAUACUGUAUGUAAAUGAGUAAAAAUAAAUGAAGAAAGUUAUGUAUAUUCUACCUAAAAAUAUGAGAUGAAAAAAAAAACAUACCUCACAGCUUGACCUGUUCUAGGCCUUUUUAACUGCUGAUUCCGUCUGGGUUAUCGAGACCGGAACAUGUAUAUUAUACAGUAUAGGGUUUUAGUAGCGAAACCCAAUUGUCUGUUAUCCAUUUAUUCAGGAACUAUCUAGGAUACAGUUCCAAGUGUAUAUCACCGUAACUUAUCACUGUAGCUAUGAGUGUUAAGAGGAGGACGGAGGCUAUGUUAAAUAGUCCUGCUAAAUACGUCCGGUCGGUGUGAGGGGUUGAGUAACAAUGCCAGAGGGUGCCGGCCUUUUUAUGCUGACCUUAGCAGUCACUGGGCCGCGCCUCAAGGAACUUGCCCAUCACGUGAUAUGAUCAUGUCACUUCAUAGCCAGUGGAAAGUUAUAGGGGGUGAUAUGAUUAUAUGAACACAAUGUACUGCCCUGACAUUUAUAUAAAGACUAAGGGGCUGAUACAGGCCCAGUAGCCAGGUGGUUACAGUGGGGAGUCUAACUUGGCUACAAUGCUGCCAGUGAUGUUAACAGAUGCAAAUGUGAAAAGAAAGUUAUCUGUAAAUCUUCAUUUGUAUCAGGUAUUUGUAGAUUUAAAGGAAAUGUUGCAGGUAUGGCAUUAAUAGAUUGUAAUACCUGUAUAGUUCAGAAAUGGUUACUGAUUAGCUACCUCUGAAGAGAUGGAUGUCUGCCGUCCGGACAUUAAUUGUCUUGGGGUAUCAUCAUCGGUACAGUAGUUAUAAAUUGAGCAUUUAUAUUUACAAUAAUUAUUAUUCUAAUUAAAAAUAAUAAUGAUAAUCUGUUUUAGUAAGCAAUACUAUAUUUUUAAUUCUGGAGUUGGGUUAGGUAGAAAUUAUCCUACUGGAGACAGCAACUGGGGAUUCAUUAGCUUAUGGGAGACCUCAGCUUCACAUAUAGGAUGCAGGCUGAUUUUUUGAGUUGGUUUAAAAAAAAAAAAGUGCUUCUUAUAUGCCGUAAAAUACAGUACAGUAUCAUGAUUUCAAAGCCUUUUAUGUAGUACUGCAGUAAUGAAUUUUCUCUUUAAAUUAAAGAUGUAAAUAGUAUCUCCUUUA